UCGAUCUCAUUUCCAUUUCUCUUCUCCGCCGCAUCGGCGAACCCUUUUCUUUCCUCCUCCUUCCCUUUCGAUUUUCAUACCGCAGUCGUCCCGAAAACGUUUGAUCCGAAGGUGAGGAACCAUGUUCGCGGAAACGGAGAGCAUUCCGAGGGCAAAGUACGGAAACAUUAUGCACUCCGACCCGAAUCUCUCCUCCACAAUGCCCCAUCAGACGGAUGAAGAGUACGGCCUUCGAAACAGCAGUGCCUCUGCGGUUGGUGGGGCCAUGUUUGACAGAAUGAGCUGUGAGGGCUCGCCUAUGAUGAUGUCACCUUGGAACCAGGCCACGCCAUUCACACAGACUCAAUGGUCUAGCGUUGGAGAGGAGAACCUCCCUCAGAACGGGCUUAUCGGGUCGCUUGUUCGGGAAGAAGGUCAUAUCUAUUCGUUAGCAGCCACGAAGGACCUCCUCUACACCGGCUCCGACAGCAAGAACAUUCGUGUUUGGAAGAAUCUGCAGGAGUUCAGUGCGUUUAAAUGCAACAGCGGGUUGGUGAAAGCGAUAGUGAUCUCGGGCGAGAAGAUCUUCACGGGUCAUCAGGAUGGUAAGAUUAGGGUUUGGAAAGUGUCACCUAAGGUUCCUAGCGUGCACAAACGUUCCGGGACACUUCCUACUUUGAAGGAUAUAUUCAAAGCCUCCCUCAGACCAAGAAACUACGUUGAGGUGAAGAAAAACCGGACCGCCCUUUGGAUCAAACACGCGGAUGCUGUCUCUUGUCUGAGCCUAAACGAAGAGCAGGGUCUCUUAUACUCAGCUUCAUGGGACAGGACAAUCAAGGUGUGGAGGAUAUCUGAUUCGAAAUGCCUGGAAUCGAUCCCAGCUCAUGAAGACGCUGUGAAUUCUGUGGUUUCGACAACUGAUGCUAUGGUUUUCUCUGGAUCAGCUGAUGGGACGGUUAAAGCGUGGAAGAGGGAUCAACAGGGGAAAUACACGAAGCACACGCUCGUUCAGACACUGACGAAGCAGGAGAGCGCGGUCACAGCCUUGGCGGUUAGCAAGAACGGAGGCGCCGUUUACUUCGGGUCGAGCGACGGGUUGGUGAACUUCUGGGAGAGGGAGAAACAACUGAACUAUGGAGGAGUUCUGAAGGGACAUAAGCUCGCAGUUCUCUGUCUAGAAGCCGCAGGUUGUCUCGUGUUCAGUGGGUCAGCUGAUAAAACCAUAUGCGUGUGGAGGAGAGAUGGAAAAAUCCACACAUGCCUGUCCGUGCUGACGGGCCACACCGGACCGGUCAAGUGUUUAGCAGUGGAAGCAGACCGAGAAGCCAUUGAACGUGGAGAUCAGAAGUGGAUCGUUUACAGCGGAAGCCUGGAUAAGUCUGUGAAGGUAUGGGGAGUUUCAGAAGCAUUCAUCGACAUGAAUCAGAUGGGAAUGAUGCAGCAGCAGCAGCAGCAACAGGUUAUAUCUGAUUCAGAACCAUUCAUGUCUGAUGGCAGCUUCUCUUCUUCAGCUGGUGGAGCCAGCAACCACCGGAGGCAGUGAUCGUCAUCCAAAAAAAAAACCCUAACAUGGCAUCAUUUCUAACAUUUUAAUUGCUCGAAGAAACUUGGAAUGAAAGAGAGGCAACGAGUAGUAUUUGUACACUAUGGUAUGGUGUGUUGGGUUUAACGUGUUUUUAUCUUUUUUUGUUUCCUUUUCGCAAUGUUGUAACACAAGGAAAAAGACUUUGCGUGUAAUUUUUCGUGUAUUAAUGAUAAAAAAAAUGUUAAAAAAUGUAAUUCUUUCUAAGGAUAAUAUUUCA